AUGGGUAGAGUGGAAGGAAAUGAGGUUGAGAGAGAAGGAGAGCUUUCCAGCAAGACCGCCAUCCCUCCGUCCUCACUGUCUGCUCCUGGUCUAAGGGGACCCACGCUGGAUGACCGCCUUAAAGAGGCGUCUCUGGGGGUUACUGCGGAUGCCCCGCAGUCACAUCUGGAGGAGGGCGGUGGGAGGCGCCUCCCAGGGCCACUUUCUCCUCCACGCUCCCUCCGCUCACCCCACCACGUCCCAGGAGCAGGAAUUAAACCAGGCUUUGCCCCUGCGUCGUCCGGCGGGGUCUCUGGAGGCCUCCAGGAAGGGGCCGCCCGGCUGCUCCCCGUCGUGCUCGCACAGCCCUCACUGCCCUGCUCCGGGGAGGACCCCGGCCCCGAACGCAGCUUGGCGGGGGCCUCUGGGCGGCAGGUCGGGAGCUCCCUCUUGCGGGCUGCCUGCUCCCGGAGAUACUAUGCCUCACCCACCGCAACUGCAGGCUCCUUCCGCUCCGCUCCGCUCCUGCGCCCGUCCUCUGCCCACAAGGCCCCUCCCCCUGCAUUCUCACCGGAACUGAAACUCUCUCCUGCGCUCAGAUUCCUGCGGGAUGGAUUGGACUCAGCUGACGCUCAACCUGGGGCUCCCUCAGGGCCACAAACAAAACUGAGGAGAGCCCUGGGAUGUCCGCUGGCUUGCUCGUCCCCAGUGGGGAGACCGGUUUUCGAGUAGAGGCAGUGCGGGCGCGGGAAGGGGGCCUGAGGCCGCCCUC